AUGAGAAGUGAUUCACCGCCUUCAAGUCCAUCUCCUCCAAGAACUACAAUAAAUGAAAUACCUAUAAGCAUCAGAACUUCUUCAAAUAGAAAAUCCCAAGCCUCUCCUAUCUCGUUGCCUCAUGAAACUUCUGCAAAUAGAAACAGCCAAGCCUCUUCUAUUUCAUUUUCCCAUGGAACUUCUCCAAUUUUAAACAGCCAAGCCUCUGCUAUUUUAGUGCCCCACGGAACUUUUCCAAAUAGAAUCAUCGAAGCUCCUUCUACUUCAACUUCUCCUGCGAAUAGCCCAACUCAACGUCAUUACCCAGAAACUUAUAUAGGACCCCUUCCCGCAACUUACAUAGGUCCCUUCCCUCCGAGGCCUGAACCUGUUGCUCAUCAUAGCUCUCCUCAAGAAUUGCAGCAGGGUAAUAAUCAGUCAGAUUCAUUCCGUUUAGCAAAUCAAUCACCUCCAACUCUAGAGCCAAAUGCAAAUAGCCCAGCAAAAAAGCAAGCUGAAUCAAAAAGGCCUUGUGCCAAAAAAGUGUUCAGUUUUGCCUUUAUAUGUACAAUAUUUUUUUAGCUGGUUUCAAUGAAUAUUCACUUGAAAGUGUUAUAUCUUUUGCAGAAGAAAUGCUGAGUAUUCAAUUUAUUUUCGAUAUGCGCAUCUCAAGUUAAUCCCUGAGUAAUUAAUAAUGGCAAUUUAUUAUUCUGAUCAUUUAUAGCUAAUAAAGACGUCUGUUUUAUAAUAAAUAAACUGUUAUCUUCAAUUCACUUCAGCAAAGCAUAGUAUUAUAUUCUUUUUUGCAUUACAGUGUUCUUAGCUUUAAGAAUAGCUCACCAAAUAAUGAUCCUAUUGGAAGCCAAAGAAAUAUUGGAAAUUCCAACAGCCAAGACUCAUCAAAUCCUUCAAAUGAGGCUCCAAGACCUGCUAUGAAAGCACCCAAAAAUUAUAUAAGGCCUCCUAAUGAAGAAAAUAGGCAAAUUAGGCAGUUGGAAACUACUGAAAACCAGUCUUCCGGCCAACCAGAGCAAAUAGCCAGAGACUUGGCAAAUACAACAAUUAGUUCUUCUUCAAUUAAUAAUCAAGACCGUAUUUCUAUAAAUCUGAACAAUGAAAGCCAGAUAAAAGUUGUUGAGGUGGAGAUCAAGGAUAAAAGCCAUCAAAGCUUGGGCAGCAUUGAGUUCAAGUUAAAUUUAAGACCAUCUGAAGCCGAAAUUCCUAAUGGCAGGGAAAAUUUCUGGGGUUGCCCAAUCUGCGGAAACAUCAAUUCAUCUAAAAUCGAAUUUUGCCCAAUGUGCAUAGCCCACAGAUAUUGGGCUAAUAGCUAA